AUAAAAGACAGUGGGCUCGGCAGUUCGAAGGUAGUUCGGAGGAAAUUAGCAUACGUGCAGCACACCGUGAACUCUCAGCUUCUACACUCUAACCAACGCAAUGUACAGCUUACACAACACGCCGAUCAAGCUAUGUAGGACACUGGUGCUAGCACUGGUAUCGGUGCAGUUUUGUGCACACACGUACGCCGAUCUGCAUGCACCACCCUUCUUAAAUAAUCUUGUGCGGGACUCUAACAACAACAUGGGUAUUGGCAUGGCUUUGAAUAACCGUCGCGUGCCGGCGUCCGAGCUUGAAGCCAAAUUCUGGCAAAAUCAGGCCAGUAAUGAGCUACUGAAGAAACUCAACCAGCAGAUGAAUAAGAACAAAGCGAAAAAUGUCAUAUUCUUCCUCGGUGAUGGCAUGCCAAUAUCUUCUAUCACGGCGGCGCGCAUUUUACAUGGACAACGCGUCGGUUAUCCAGGCGAGGAGCAGCUUUUGUCAUUUGAAAAAUUUCCAUAUUCCGGUCUGAGCAGAACUUACUGCACGAACGCCCAAGUAGCCGACUCGGCGUGUACCUCUACCGCCUACCUUUGCGGCGUGAAGACGAACACACUGCUGCUCGGCGUCAAUGCAAAGGUCAACUAUGGCAACUGCACAGCCAGCAUGGAUCCAGCCAAUCAUCUCACCUCUAUCUACGGAUGGGCGCAAGCUGCGGGCAAGGCGACCGGUUUCAUUACCACCACGUCGCUAACGCACGCCAGUCCCUCCGGUGGUUAUGCGCAUGUGGCCAAUCGCAUGUGGGAAUCCGAUGCUGAUGUACGUUCUUAUGGUGAAGACCCCACCAACUGCAUGGACAUAGCUACACAAUUGAUCACCGAACUGCCUGGUAAGAAUUUGGAUGUGUUGAUGGGUGGCGGUAUGGGCAAGUUUCUACCGAAUUCAAUCACUGACUCAUUCGGCAAUCCCGGCGAACGUUUGGAUGGCAAAAAUUUACUCACCCGUUGGCAAAAUCUACAUCCCAAGGGUAUUAUUGCUAAGAAUCGCGAGGAACUGCUCCGGCUCAAUAUCACAAAAGUUUCAAACAUAAUGGGUAUCUUCCAAUCAAAGCUAAUGAAAUAUAAUCUCGAAGCCGAGGAUUAUCAACCUACACUAGCCGAGAUGACUGGCGUAGCGCUGGCAUUCCUCAGUCAAAAAGAACAGGGUUAUUUCAUCUUCAUCGAAGGUGGACUCAUCGACUAUGCGAACCACGCGAAUAGGCUAAACGUCGCCUUGGACGAGCUCCUGGAGUUCGAUAAAGCCAUACAAUUGGCGCGUGCCAUGACGGAUCCGGCCGACACGUUGAUUGUGGUAUCAGCCGAUCAUAGUCAUCCACUAAGUAUGGCUGGUUAUCCGGAGAGAGGCAACAACAUUUUAGGUUUGAAUAAUUUGGGCAUGGAUGAAGAUGGCAUACCCUAUGCGACAAUGAACUAUGCCGUGGGGCCCGAGCAAUAUCUUGAGCCGGAUGGCGUUAGAAUGGAUCUAACGGGGAAAUUGGGUACACCAGAUUCCAUACAGCCCAGCUAUAUUAGAAUAUCCAGUGGCGUGCAUGGUGGUGAAGAUGUAGGCGUCUACGCCUCUGGUCCUUGGGAACAUCUAUUCACUGGCGUAAUGCAGCAAAAUCUACUACCACACAUGAUGGCCUACGCGAGCUGCAUUGGCGAGGGUCCGCAGAUGUGUAGCCAAACGCGUGCUACUAAUGAGAAUUAGUUGAAGACAGAAGAUGUUGUUAAAUUCAAGAGCUAAGAUUGACAGUGAAGUGAACAGAUGUGUGCAAGGGACUGUAGUUUAGAUAUAAGCUGCUCGUUAUAGUACAGUGGUGAGAGUCACAAUAUAAAUAUAUAUACAUAUAUACCUACGUAUAUAUGUAUGUUUGUGGCCACUCUUUACAUUUUUUAUAAUUUGUAAGGCUGUAAAUAUUUUUAGUGCUGAAGAAAUAUAAGAUUUGAUUACAAUCGCAA